AUGUCCGCCCCCAACGCCGGCCGCCAGUCGCCCGACCCGGAGCGCCAGAGCAAAUCUCAGCUCCACGAGCCGACUGCAUCGAACCCGAACGACCAGGCCAAGGAGGUGACGCAGGACCAGAACAAGGAAGCGUUGAAGAGCCUUGAGAGCAACCCGAAGGGUCCGUUGGAGGACUUUGCGGAGGAGAAGACGAAGAAAGACACCGGUGUGACGAAGGGUUAG